AAAAAUCUUGGAAAAAAAGGAUAAAACUGGAGAGGUAAGCAGGGUCAGAUGCUGAAGCCAUAUAAAAGAAUUUGGACUUGAUCCUGAGACGGGAGGACAUUGAAUUGCUUUAAGUGGGAAUAAAGUAAGUGUUAAUGCCUUAGGGUUCAGGGUGAACACUGGUGGGGAACAGAAAGCUUGCUAGAAUUGGUGGAGGCUUGACCAAAGUGGCAGCCGCUUCAAGAGGCCGGAAUGUAUUAUUAAAGAUAAUUAGGAGGCAGAAGAGGUGACAGAUCAGAUGUAGGGGCUGAGGCAGAAGGGAGGGUCUAGGAUGACACCUGGGUGUGUAAACUGAAGAUGACUGUAGAACUUAACAGAGGGUGCCUGGGUGGCUCAGUUGGUUAAGCGACUGCCUUCGGCUCAGGUCAUGAUCCCCCGCUCCUGAGAUCAAGCCCCACGUCGGGCUCCCCCAACUCUGCUGGAAGUCUGAUUUCUCCCUCUCCCUCUGCCUGCCUCUCCGGCUACUUGUGUUCUCUCUGUCAAAAAAAUUAAUAAAAUCUUAAAAAAAAAAAAAAAAACUUAACAGAAAGAUGCAGUCUAGGCCAAGAACGUAAAGAGUUCAAUUUUGGACAUGGUGAGUUUAAGAGACCUGAGAAAGACCUGUCCAUGUGAUGUCCAGUAAGCAGCUGGAUGCUGGAUCUGAAGUAGAGGACAUCUGGGGUAGACAUGAGAUUAGGAGCAGUCAGCACUGGUUUAAUAACUAAAGUGUUGGGAACGGGUGAGAUCCUAACAGGAGAACAUAAAGCCCAGAGGAAGUAAGGCCUGUGGCAGGAUACGAUGAAGGGACAAAUAGAGAAGAUAAGGCUCCAGUGAAGUCUGAGGAAUGGCUAGAGGGAUAGGAGGAAAACUACAGAACUUAGGGUCAUGGGAAGCAAGAUAAGAACGUGUUUCAAGGUUCACAGGUGGAGUCUCUACCAUCCCUUCAAUCUGAGACCUCAUAACCUUGUAACUGUUUUUACUUGUAUAAAGGUAUGAAGGUGAUGCUCUGCAAUUUUGGAGCCUAGGCUUAGUUGAUCGUGCAAUUUCUGAUUUUUUUUCCUUUUGAAAUUCAGUGCUACUCUGAGGGUUGCUGGAGGGGAAGGGGGCAGGAGGGAUGAGGCAGCUGGGUUAUGGACAUGGGGGAGGGUGUGUGCUAUGAUGAGUGCUGUGAAUUGUGUAAGACUGAUGAAUCACAGACCUAUACCCCUGAAAUAAAUAAUACAUUACAUGGUAAUUUUUUUAAAAAAAGCAAAAGAAAAGAAAAAUCAGUGCUAUUAUGUGGAGGAACUCUGGCUAGUCUGGCUGGAUGGUGAGAUCAUAUGUGGCAGAAACAAACCAUCCCAGCUAAGAUGAGACCACCAGAAGAACCACCCAACUGAGCCCAGCUCAAUUAAAAAAAAAAAAAAAAAAAUGGUGGUUGCUUUAAGCCAAACAAACAAAAAACACUGUAAGGUUAAGAUUCCUUAGAAUAGGCUCUACAACGCCUUGUAAUUCUCUGUAAUAUUCUCACAUGUGUGUUUCAUUCUGGAUAAUAAAGUCUAGGAGAACAAGGCAUUAUUGGCGAUUUUAUCCCAGCACUCAGCAUGCAGCGUAGCACACAGCGGAUGCUCAAUAAACAUGCAUGUUCGACUAGAUCUAUAGGGGGUCUCACCAGACUGCAGAAGUUGCCUCCGGGAAUAUGUUCCACAGUGCACCAUUCUCAAGCCUUGUGGCCAGUGGUGUAAAGGUGAAUUGUGAUGUAUGUGGAACAUGGGACCCUGGGGAGUUCCGUAACCAGGAGGAGAAAGAAGCAACAACAGCUAGUGGAGACAAAAAGAACUGCUGCUCCCUUCUUUCCCCUCCAUGUUCCUAGUGGAGAGUUGAGCCCAGCAUCCCAGACUUGCGUUGACUAUAUAGGCAAGCAUUCAGAGACUGACUUCACUUUGGUACCCUAGCCCUCAGUGGCUCAAGGUUGGCUUUCUGAGUAGAUAAUAGGCUUUUAAGUAGCAAAGUUCCCUGCUCUCAGCAAGCCCAACAUCAUGGGGAAGGGAGACACCUCGGAGGUAGCACCACCCACCUCAGCCUACCGCUCUGUCAUGGAGGACUAUGGUUAUGAGGUGGGCAAGGUCAUUGGCAAUGGCUCCUAUGGGACGGUGUAUGAGGCUUACUACACAAAGCAGAAGGUGAUGGUGGCUGUCAAGAUCAUCUCAAAGAAGAAGGCCUCUGAGGACUAUCUUAACAAGUUCCUGCCCCGUGAGAUACAGGUAAUGAAGGUCCUACGGCACAAGUACCUCAUCAACUUCUACCAGGCCAUCGAAACCACAUCCCGAGUAUACAUCAUUCUGGAGCUGGCUCAGGGCGGGGAUGUCCUGGAGUGGAUCCAGCGCUACGGGGCUUGCUCUGAGCCCCUUGCUGGCAAGUGGUUCUCCCAGAUGACCCUGGGCAUCGCCUAUCUGCACAGCAAGGGCAUCGUGCACCGCCUGACCCCCAGCCUUUCUGCUGCUGGUAGGGACUUAAAGUUGGAGAACCUGUUGCUGGACAAGCGGGAGAACGUGAAGAUAUCGGACUUUGGCUUCGCCAAGAUGGUGCCUUCUAACCAGACAGUGCACAGUAGCCCUUCUUACCGCCAAGUGAACUGCUUUACAAACCACCUCAGCCAGACCUACUGUGGCAGCUUUGCUUAUGCGUGCCCGGAGAUCUUGCUGGGCUUGCCCUACAACCCUUUCCUGUCUGACACCUGGAGCAUGGGUGUCAUCCUCUACACUCUAGUGGUCGCCCGGCUGCCCUUUGAUGACACCAAUCUCAAGAAGCUGCUGAAAGAGACUCAAAAGGAGGUCACUUUUCCAUCUAACUACUCCAUCUCCCAGGAAUGCAAGGUCCAACUGCUCACUGCCCGUGUGGCACAAUGGGGGGCGAGCUCAGCCAAGACCUCUCUUUCCCCUGCCCUAGAACCUGGUCCUCCAGACGCUACGCCAAGCCACCAAACGGGCCACCAUCCUGGACAUCAUCAAGGAUCCUUGGGUGCUCAAGUUCCAGCCUGAGCAACCCACCCAUGAGAUCAGGCUGCUUGAGGCCAUGUGCCAACCCCCCAGCACCACUAAUCGGCACCAAUCCUUGGAAAUCAAUACCUAAAAGUGGUUGAAGGAAGGGGUUGAGAGAGGAGCAAAGCAGGAGGGUCUGGGGCUAAAAAUCUUUUAUACCAAAAAUAAAUCUGAUUUAGUUUCA